AUGGAAAGAGAAAGAGAAAACUUGGAGAGAAAAGAAAAUGAUGCCCGUCAAGAUGGGGGUCAACUUCCCCCUCUAGCUUAUAACCACACAGCACCUUGCUCUAUUACUACUGUUUCUUUUCGUUCUGGAUCAUCGGGACCCAAGAAAUUAACCAGAACCUCCCUAUCGCCAGCUGCUAACCUCGACUGUACUAGGGGCUUAAGGUUUAAGAGCGGCCGCACAACAAAUCGCCUUCUUCAACGGGGAACUUCAGGGAUCAGGAAACAGACGAAACCGAGAAAAGAAAUUUCAGAAGGAAUUGAUUUGAUCGUCUCUCCGUUAGGCCGUUAUUGCAUCAUAUCAUCUGCUGUCCUCGUCGGUAAGCCAAAUUCGACGUUCUUCUCUGCUGCUCUUCAAUGGAACUUACCGAUCCUUUUCCUGUCCUCCCCACAAACCGGGACCAAGUCCGUGUUCGCUGACUUAGCUUCUUGCUACUGCUCUGCUUGUCUGGUUCUCACUCACUCAUCCUCUCUCUCUCUUUAA